AUGGGAGCUUCAAGUCUGCACUUGACUUUGGUGUUACUAUUCUUUCUGGGUAUUUCCACCGUGCUCCUUUCCAGUAGGGUGACCGCCGCCGCCGUCCGGGACAACCGCACGACACGGCCCAAUGGAGGCUCCACAGAGGCGGGCACUUUUCCAGCAGAGCCCGUCGCCAGCAGCCCGGCUUCGGAGUCCACCGGUGACGAAACUCCGAGUGAGCAGCCAGAAACUAGUCCACUACAUUUAGAGAGGAGACCAAUCAGGAACGUGAAGGUGUCAAAGAAGAACGAAGGGGCCCACAAGAAACUACAAAUUCCCGCCAAGAGGCCUAAAGUCAUUAAGAAGUCCAAGGCGAGUCCGCCGGUCGUCCAGGAAACAGCGACACAGUGUCCUCCGCUGGGUCUGGAGUCCCUGAAGGUGAAGGACACCCAGCUGAGGGCGUCGUCCUACAAACGACGAGGCUUGGGCCCCCAUCGUGGACGACUCAACAUCCAGUCGGGCAUCGAAGACGGCGACAUCUACGACGGCGCAUGGUGCGCCUACGAGCGCGACACCAAGCAAUGGCUGGAGGUGGACGCCCUCAGACUGACGCGCUUCACGGGCGUCAUCCUGCAGGGGCGGAGUUCCAUCUGGAGUUGGGAUGUGGUUUACACGUACAAGGUGCAGUUCAGCAACGAUUCACUGCUCUGGAAGCCGUGCAUGAACGGAAGUCAAGAAGCCGUUUUCCAAGGCAACCGCGAUGCGGAGACUCCAGUACUGGCCGUUUUUAAUAAGUCGGUAGUGGCGCGCUACAUCCGCAUCAACCCUCAGACGUGGUACCAGAACGGGACGCGAGGAGACAUCUGUCUUCGGGCUGAAGUGCUGGGAUGCACAUUGCCAGAUCCCAACGUGCCAUACCCGUGGCAGACGCAAGUCACCAGGGACAAACUGGACUUCAGGCACCACAACUACAAGGAGAUGAGAAAGUUGAUGAAGGCAGUGAACGAGGCGUGUCCAGACAUCACUCGCGUGUACAGCAUCGGGAAGAGCUACACUGGUCUGCAGCUGCUGGUCAUGGAAAUCACAGACAACCCGGGAAAACAUGAACUUGGGGAACCGGAGUUCCGCUACGUUGCCGGGAUGCACGGCAACGAGGUGCUGGGCCGCGAGUUGCUUCUCAACCUGAUGCAGUUCAUGUGUCGCGAGUACAAGCACGGAAACGAACGCGUGGUUCGCUUGGUUCAAGACACCCGCAUCCACCUGCUGCCUUCUAUGAACCCCGACGGAUACGAAAUGGCCUUCAAAAAGGGCUCGGAGCUCUCCGGUUGGACUUUGGGUCGAUACAGCUACGAAGGUAUCGACAUGAACCACAACUUUGCUGACCUCAACACAGUCAUGUGGACCGCCAUAGAGCUGGAGAAGGACCGCUCCAAACUCAUCAACCACUACUUCCCAAUCCCCGAGCAGUACACCUCGGAGGAUGCCUUCGUGGCGUCGGAGACCCGCGCCGUCAUCAGCUGGAUGCGCAAAAUCCCCUUUGUGCUCGGCGCCAACCUGCACGGUGGAGAGCUGGUGGUCACGUACCCGUUUGACAUGACCCGCGAUUGGGCGCCUCGAGAACACACGCCCACCCCGGACGAUAGCUUCUUCCGAUGGCUGGCCGUCGUCUACGCCAGCACCAACCAGGUGAUGUCCAAUCCCGACCGGCGGCCGUGCCACAACAGGGACUUCACCCGCUACAACAACAUCAUCAACGGGGCUGACUGGCACAACGUUCCUGGAAGCAUGAACGACUUCAGCUACCUGCACACCAACUGCUUCGAGGUGACGGUGGAGUUGUCCUGCGACAAGUUUCCGCACGCCAGCGAGCUUCCCAUCGAGUGGGAGAACAACAAAGAGUCUCUGCUGGUCUACAUGGAACAGGUUCACCGGGGUAUCAAAGGCGUGGUCCGUGACAAAGACACAGAGGCUGGAAUCCCAAACGCCGUUAUUCAAGUGGAAGAGAUCGACCAUCACAUCCGAUCAGCAUCAGGUGGUGACUUCUGGCGCCUGCUGAACCCUGGCGAGUACCGCGUGACGGCCACCGCCACCGGCUACCUGCCGUCCACGCGCACCUGCCAGGUCAUGUACGACUACUUCCCCACCGUGUGCGACUUCCGCCUGACCAAAGAGCCGAGACGAAAGGAGAGCAAGCCGUACAAAGGCGUCCAACUUUCAAGACAGCUGCGGCUGCGCAAGCUACGCAAGCUGCGGCUAGCGGGCAGACGCGCCAAAACCAUGUGA